CCCAUGACGGAUAAGGAGCGCGAAGAACUACUGAGACCUAAGCAUAUGAGUGAAAGCUUCACAAACUUCGACUUGCCUCUCGCUAGUGAUCCCAAAUUGUACGAGAGGUAUGUUAACACUUCCGGAGGUUUCAGGAUGGGCAAGCUUCUGGAGCAUUUGGACUCUCUGGCAGGAGCUGUGGCGUAUAGACAUUGUCUGCCAACCCCUUCGAGCAGGUCAAAGGCGAAGAAUGCCACAGACGCGUUUCACGAGGCUUCUGCUAGAGCAGGGUUGUACCUUGCCACGGCGAGCGCAGAUCGUUUAGACAUGCUUGGAAGACUUAAUCGUGAUAACGUAAGAGACCUUCGAUUCUCAGGCUUUGUGACAUGGACCGGGAACUCUUCCAUGGAAGUAGUCGUCAAAAUGGAGGGCUCGUGUCAACCAGUAAAGGACGAGUGGGAUACACUCCUUUUGGGUCGCUUCGCCAUGGUGUGUAGAGAUUCCAUAACACACAAAGCGAGAAAAGUACCACCGCUUCUGGUCGAAACGGCAGGGGAGAAGAUGUUGUGGGAGAUAGGAGCGGAUCAUACUAGACGGAAGAGGGAGAGCUCCAUGAUGGCCCUGGACAAAGUUCCACCUUCUUCGGAGGAAGCGGAAGAGCUACACAAGCUCAUGCUGCAAGUCGUGGACAAGGGGGUGACCGAUAUUGACGGUCAAAAGGUGGUGCAGAUGCGUGACACUGAGAUCACAAGCGUUCUUCUCAUGUUUCCUCAAGGACGUAACCUACAUGGCAAAAUCUUCGGAGGUUUGCUAAUGCGUCUCGCCUUCGAACUGUGUUUCACCAAUGCGGCCAUCUUCGCUUCCACACCAAUGAGGUUCUUGUCCCUGGACGAAAUCACCUUUCGUCUCCCUGUACCGAUUGGCGCGGUACUUCGACUGACCUCGAAAGUUGUACACACCACCAUGCCGCACGGUGGACCUGAUGGAGAGGCCAAAGUCCACAUCAUGGUACGUGCCGAGGUGGAGGAGGUGGAGACAGGGGCGAGAAGCGAGACCAACACCUUUUUCUUCACUAUGGCCAAGGAGGACAAGAAUCCGAUUGGGAGGACAGUCGUGCCUUCCACAUACGCCGAGGCAAUGCAUUAUUUAGAGGGUACGAGAAGGUUGGAAGUCGGGGAUGAAAUGCGAAGGUUAUACUUGGGAUCACAUCGAGACGACGAGCCUUGAAGGCGUGAUAUCACCGGGGCUUGGGAGAGUGCGGAUAGAAAAGCUUCAUCUCCAUCGGCCAUCGAGGCCAAUAUACGGACAGGUCGGUGUACGGUGUAGCACGCCAGGUAAGGCGAUGGACGCCCAAAGGGCAAUGCCACAUGUCAUGCCCAGAGGACUGGAAGUCAACGGCACUUUCGGGCACGAAAGGAUCAUGUUGUCUACUCAUAUGUCAUGCAUGUCGUGC